AUGGAGAGAGGCAAUCAUACAGUGACUGAGUUCAUCCUGGUGGGCUUCACGACAGACCCAGUGAUGCAGCUGGUCCUGUUUAUGGUAUUCCUUGGCGUGUACUCUCUGACUGUGGUAGCAAACGCCACCCUCAUAGUUUUGAUCUGUAAUGACUCCCGGCUGCACACACCCAUGUAUUUUUUCAUUGGGAAUCUAUCUUUUCUGGAUGUCUGGUAUUCCUCUGUCUACACACCAAAGAUCCUCAUGACCUGUAUCUCUGAAGACAAAAGCAUCUCCUUUGCUGGCUGUGUAUGUCAGUUCUUCUUCUCUGCUGGGUUGGCAUAUAGUGAGUGUUACCUGUUGGCCGCCAUGGCUUACGACCGCUAUGCAGCCAUUUCCAACCCCCUGCUGUAUGCUCAGACAAUGUCAAGUAGACUGUGCAUCUGUUUGGUUGUAUACUCUUAUACUGGUGGUUUUGUCAAUGCAAUAAUACUUACCAGUAACACAUUCACAUUGGAUUUUUGUGGUGACAAUGUCAUCGACGAUUUUUUCUGUGAUGUCCCACCACUGGUGAAAUUGGCAUGUGAUGUGAAGGAGAGCUAUCAGGCUGUGCUGUACUUCCUUCUGGCCUCCAAUGUCAUCACUCCCACGGCGCUCAUCCUUGCUUCCUAUGUGUUCAUCAUUGCUGCCAUCUUGAGGAUCCGCUCCACCCAGGGCCGUCGCAAGGCCUUCUCCACAUGCUCCUCCCACCUGGUCUCAGUCACUUUGUACUAUGGCUCCAUUCUCUACAUCUACUCUCGCCCAAGUUCCAGCUAUUCCCUUGAGAGGGACAAAAUGGUAUCAACAUUUUAUACUGUGCUAUUCCCCAUGUUGAACCCCAUGAUCUAUAGUCUAAGGAAUAAGGAUGUGAAAGAAGCUCUGAAAAAGCUCAUCUGGUUAACACAAUCAGAUGUCUAA